AUGGACGAGAGCAAUGAGUUACUAAAACUCAUGGUUGAUGCUGCCAAUCUUGGAUGGUGUGAUAAAAGUGGUUUAUUAAGCAAGCAAACUGUAGAAAAAAGAAUAAUUCCUAUUCUUAAUGCAAAAUUUGGGAGUGAGUGGACUUGUAAGGAGUAUACAUAUCGAUUGAAAUGGUUUAAACAACGGUAUGCCAACUACUCUCAACUUAUGCGGCAUAGCUCUAGAUUUAGAUGGGAUCUUAUAACAAAAAAAUUUGCUGCUCAUGAAGAAGUGUGGGAGGACUAUUUUAAGUCUCAUCCUACCCAUAAAAGUUAUCGUACAGAUAUUUUUGCUGAUUAUGAAAACUUGAGAAUUGCAAUUGGAAAUGGAGUAGCAACUGGGAGACAUUCAAUUGGAUUAGUAGAGGAAACUGAUGCAAGAAUAUUUGACUUAGAAGAAAAUAGAGAUGGUGAUUUAGACAACUUGACAUAUGAUCUCAUGACUGAGACAUUCAUACCAAGUGAUAUACAAGAAACUUCAUUGCAGUCUCCAACUUUAGGCAAUUUUCCUUUAUCAUUACCUUUUCUGAACAUGAGUUCAGAGGUUCCUCUAAUAACAAGAAAAAGAAAUAGAAUGAACUUUGAUGGAAACUCUUGUUCUUUUGAAACUAAUAGGUCACAAGCAGCAGUCUUAGAGAAGAUUAAUCAAAGUAUUAACAAGUUGAAUCAAAGUAUUGAUUCAAUUGAUACUAGAGAUUAUAGUUGUUGGGAUAUUAUCAAGGAGAUUCCAAACUUGGAUAAGCAAACUCAAUAUAAGGCAUUGAAAUUGUUAAACACUAGAGCAAAGAAGAUUGAGUUCUUCAAAAUGACACCCCAAGAGCGUUUCGACUAG